UCUCCACCACCCACCAGCUCAGGCACCAGCAGCAGCGCCGCCGCCGCCGCCCACCUUCUGCCACCGACACCACAGCUACUUUCUCCUCUGCUUCCCUCUACUGUCCUCGCCCUCUGUCGACUAUCAGGUGGGCUUUGAACCAGGAUGGCUGAACCCCGCCAGGAGUUCAACGUGAUGGAAGACCAUGCUCAGGGGGACUACACCCUGCUGCAAGACCACGAGGGUGACGUGGAGCACGGCCUGAAAGAAUCUCCCCUGCAGACCCCGGCCGAUGAUGGAUCUGAGGAACCAGGCUCUGAAACCUCUGAUGCUAAGAGCACUCCAACGGCGGAAGACGUGACAGCGCCCUUAGUGGAUGAGGGAGCCCCCGGUGAGCAGGUGGCCGCUCAGCCCCCCACGGAGAUCCCAGAAGGAACCACAGCUGAAGAAGCAGGCAUUGGAGACACCCCCAACCUGGAAGACCAAGCUGCUGGACAUGUGACCCAAGAGGAGAGGAGAGUUCCAGGCCAGCAGAGGGAAGUGUCUGAGAGGCCCCCUGCUAAUGGGCUUAGCUCUCAGGUCCAGCCUGCACACGGCCAAGAAGCUUCUGGGGACUCCGAGCUGCAUGUGGGGGAGAAACAGCCAGAAGCUCCCGUCCUGGCGACCUCUCACCUUUCCCAGCAUCAUCCUGUCUGCCAGCCGCCUCUCCCACCAGGAGGCCCUCAGGAGCCCCACCAAGAGUGGGGACCGAAGCGAGGGGAGCAGGCCGAGGAGGGGCUGGCCUUUCCGAAGCCCACCUCCCCUGGAUGUCUCCAGACGGAGCCUGGGAGUGUCAAGGUUGUCCGGGAAAGCUUCCUCAGGGAACCAGGGCGCCGUGGAGGUGAGGCCAUGGACCCCGGUACCCCAGGUCUGACCUGCCAGCACGUGUCUAACAUGCCUGGGGCUCCCAUCCUGCCCGAAGGCCCCAGAGAGGCCACACACCAGCAUUCGGGGCCAGAACCUGAGGAUGCAGACGGCAGCUGCUGUGGCUCUGAGCUGCUGGAGCGCCAGCUUCUGGGAGACCUGACCCAGGAGGGGCCGCCUCUGAAGAGGGAGCAGGGCAAAGAGAGGCUGGGGGGCAAGGAGGUGGAUGAAGACCGGGACAUUGAUGAGUCCUCUCCCCAGGACUCCUUCCCCUCCCAGGUCUCCCCACGUCUGCAGAGCCCCACCACCCAAGGCGGGCCAACCCCCGAGGCAGUUUCCGGAGAAGCCCCUGGGAUCCCUGGUUUCCCAGCCAAGGGUGCCAUCCCCCUCCCUGUCGAUUUCCUCUCUAAAGCUUCUUUAGAGACCCAGGUCUCAGAGCCCGAUGGGCCCGGGGAGGGGCCCCCAGCGAAAGGGCACGACGGGCCCCCCGAGUUCAUGUUCCACGUGGAAAUCAAAGCCAAUGUGCAGAAGGAACAGGGACCUUCGGAGGUGGAUUUGGAAGGGGCUGCACUUCCUGGGGCCUCUGGAGCAGAGCAAGAGCCCCGGGGCCCCUCUGAGGGCGAGGACACAAAAAAGACUGACCUUCCAGAACCAUCUGAAAAGCAGCCUGCAGCUGGUCUGCCGGGGAAACCCGUCAGCCGGGUUCCUCAACUCAAAGCUCGCAUGGUCAGUAAAGGCAAAGAUGGGGCUGGACCUGAUGACAAAAAAACCAAGACAUCCACACCUUCCUCUGCUAAAACCCUGAACAAUAGGCCUUGCCUUAGCUCCAAACGCCCCACUCCUGGUAGCUCAGACCCUUUGAUCAAACCCUCCAGCCCUGCCGUGUGCCCAGAGCCAUCUUCUCCUAAACACGUCUCUUCUGUCACACCCCGAACUGGCAGUUUUGGAGCAAAGGAGAUGAAAGUCAAGGGGGCGGAUGGUAAACCUGGAACGAAGAUCGCCACACCCCGGGGAGCGGCCCCUCCAGGCCAGAAGGGCCCGGCCAACGCCACCCGGAUUCCAGCAAAAACCACUUCCACCCCAAAGACCCCGCCGGGCACUGCUACCAAGCAAGUGCAGAAAAAACCACCCCCUGGAGGGGCAAAAUCUGAGAGAGGUGAAUCCGGGAAAUCCGGGGACCGCAGUGGCUACAGCAGCCCCGGCUCCCCCGGCACCCCGGGCAGCCGCUCCCGCACCCCUUCCCUGCCGACCCCGCCCACCCGGGAGCCCAAGAAGGUGGCAGUGGUCCGCACGCCACCCAAGUCGCCGUCUGCAGCUAAGAGCCGCCUGCAGACCGCCCCCGGGCCCAUGCCAGACCUGAAGAACGUCAAGUCCAAGAUCGGCUCCACGGAAAACCUGAAGCACCAGCCGGGAGGCGGGAAGGUGCAGAUAAUUAAUAAGAAGCUGGAUCUUAGCAACGUCCAGUCCAAGUGUGGCUCAAAGGAUAAUAUCAAACACGUGCCAGGAGGCGGCAGUGUGCAAAUAGUCUACAAACCAGUGGAUCUGAGCAAGGUGACCUCCAAGUGUGGCUCAUUAGGCAACAUCCAUCAUAAGCCAGGAGGUGGCCAGGUGGAAGUAAAGUCUGAGAAGCUGGACUUCAAGGAGAGAGUCCAGUCCAAGAUCGGGUCCCUGGACAACAUCACCCAUGUCCCUGGCGGAGGGCAUAAAAAGAUCGAAACCCACAAGCUGACCUUCCGCGAGAACGCCAAAGCCAAGACCGACCACGGGGCGGAGAUUGUGUACAAGUCGCCCGUGGUGUCGGGGGACACGUCCCCACGGCACCUCAGCAACGUCUCCUCCACCGGCAGCAUCGACAUGGUAGACGCACCGCAGCUGGCCACGCUCGCCGACGAGGUGUCCGCCUCCCUGGCCAAGCAGGGGUGGGGGUCCUGAGCUGAGGGGCUUCCCUCUGCCCCGCGGAAACCCUGUUUUAUUGAGUUCUGAAGGUUGGAACUGCAGCCACGAUUUUGGCACCUCACAGACCUGGGACUUUAGGGCUAACCGGUUCUUUGUAAGGACUUGUGCCUCUUGGGGGACACCCGCCUGUUCCCAAGCCUGGGCCUCUGGCAUCUCUGGAGUGUACGGGGACCUGGGAGGAGGCUCCUGAACCUCUCAUCCCUCCCACGGCCACCGCAGCCACCUGUCUGCCCCACCAUGCCUGUGUCUGCCGUGCGGAGCCCAGCCACUGCCUGUACCCCUCAUUACGUCACGCCGUCCCGCGUUCCCAGCCUCACCCCACCCCCGUUCUCAGUAACGGACAUUGUUUAGAUGGGGAGGCACCUCCUCUGAACCAAGGGGGAAAGUCAAGGAGGGCAAAGUCCAGACACGGCGGGGGACCUCAGUCUCUCAAUCUAAGUUGUACUCAUCCAGCUGGUAUGUCCCUCACAAUGAACCUGAUGACCUUACUCGGUUCCCUGCCCUGUGCCCCCAUCCCAGAUGGGAGCCAGGGUGGGGUUCGCAGUGACCCUGGACGUUUAUGCCGUGUUUACUUGGAGAGCCUUUUCUCCCAGAAGGCCUGGUUCCCUUCCUGUGCCGAGCUGGCAGCAGGUUGGCCGUCCUGGAUGCCAGAGAUGGCACGGGGAUGGGCAGGCAAGGCCCCCAGGGCAGGACCACGCUCCCUCCGUUCCUUACGUCUGCCCCAGCUUGUGACUGCCAGCCUCUCAGAGAGCCCAGCCGCUGCUCAACCCCAAGUGCAUAUAAUCAGCCCUCCACACCCCAAAAAGGGAAACAUGCCCCCUCGGAAAUGGUUCUUCCCCCAGUCUCAGCUGGAAGCAAUGCUGUCUUGUCCUCCUGGAGCAGCUGAACAUAUACAUAGAUGUCGCCCCUCCCUCCCCAUCUGCACCCUGUCGCGUUGUAGUCGGAUUUGUCUGUUUAUGCUUGGAUUCACCAGAGUGACUAUGAUAGUGAAAAGAAAAAAAAAAAAAAAAAAAAAAAAAGACGCAUGUAUCUUGAAAUGCUUGUAAAGAGAUUUCUAACCCACCCCCCCCAUGGGAGUCCUAGAUGUCUCUCACCCCCCAGCUGGGACUUGGAUCCAGAAGGCCAGUGUGACUCUCUUCUGUGGGGCCUCCCAACUUUUGAAAGACUUUCAUCAACAUCUGGGACCCAACAGAGACCAGAUGCUGACAUCUGAGAACCCUCAGCUGCAAAGAAGGCCUGAAGCACAGGAGGAGGACAGAAGUUAUGGUACCCCCUCCCCGCCCCCGGGGCUCCCUUCUGUCAGGCAGGGGGCAGUGUGUCUUGUGGUGAAGACGGCCCUGGAGAAGCCCCACAGCAGCCCUGAGAGAGGGUCGUACAACUCCCUGCGUCACGAGUGCCCGCUGGGGAAAGGUCUGCAGCCCGCCCCUCAGCCGGGGCCCCGCUCCAAGCUCUCCCGCGGGAAGGCUGGCCCAGGCCUCCCCACCAGGGGCCUGACGGCCACGGCAGGGGUUGGGGUGCACUGCCUGCCCUGGACCAGCCCCAGGGGCCUGAGCCGCCUGACAAGGGUGACAGGUCAGGAGACACCAUUUCCAAAUCCUUGGCCAGAGCCCCUGCUGACCUUGCAUGAAACCCAUCUCCUGCCAUGGGGAAAGGGAAGCAGCCUUUGUAGAAAUCUGCUGUUUGAAGAAAAUCAGCAACCUCGGCCUGGUUCUGCCACUUCUGAUUUGGGUACGGUUAAAGGCAACCCUGUGGGGCUGGGAUGGAGUCCAGGGCCAGACGCUUCAUCUGCAGCCAGAGGAUCAUCUGGGCCCAAAACUCCCCGCAGUGAGGCUCUCCUCUGUCCUCUGAGUCCCAGUUGGUCUUGGAAGGGUUCUGAGGAAGAAAGAGGAAACUUGGUGUGAAGAUCUGGUGGCCGUUAGAGAUGCAGCCCCUCAUUACUGCCACCGAUUCUGGCUGCAUUUCCUGAACCUCUCCCUGCAGUUUCUGCGCCCCGCUCUUCAGUACCUUAUUCCGAGGGCCUCACUCAGCGGGCACCUCGUGUGGCGUGGGCUGUUGGGAGCAGCCUGACGAUCGUGGUUUAGGGUCAUCAGGUCAGUGCUGGCAGGGAGCCUGCAGAGCGCAACGCUGGCUUGGAACCGUCAACGAGGACAACCCCCCCUCCCCAGGGCUGGGCACUCCCCCACCGCCGUUUCUUCCAGGGUUGGUGUCCCUCGGGUGGGCUAGAUAGGAUACACUAUCCGCCUGGUCGCUUCAAGCUCUGCAUUCACUUUAUCAAAAGUUCCAUUUAAACUGGCUUCAGUGGUGAGACUAUCCUGUUUGCAACUGCUUGUUGGGCUCCUGGUGGGGCGGUGGGGGGAGAGGAGCCCGUAGGAGAGUUACCACUGGGCAAAGGGGAGUCUUGGAGAGCAGGAGUCCAAGGCCUGGUAACACUUUUCUUCCUGAUUUCAACCACGUGUGCUAGAGGUCCCUUGGGAUUUCACCUUCUCACCAACAGGUGCCACAGGCUGCCAGCUAGUUCCCAUCAUCUCCUUCCCGGCCAGGUGCAGGCAGUGAGGCUUGUGGAGGAAUCCGGAGAUAUGGUUGCUGUGACCUGCUGCCCUUUUGCGGGGUUCCCAAGCCCGCAAUCAUGCCGCCCAAACACGCUGGCAUCCUUUCCUUUAAGCUGCUGGCACCUCCACGUCACCUUUCCCACCAGCUCCGGACACACAGCCUGUACUUCUAGUAGCUGCUAAGAUCUCGUCACCCUUUAAUCUCUGGCCUCCAAGGAAAGCAAAGAGGCAGGGAUGAGGGCAGAGGUGGAGGUCAUCAGCUUGUCCUAUCUACAGAUCUGUGGCUUCAAGAGACUUCUGGUUUCUCUUCAGCUUUGAAAAGGGUUACCCUGGGCACUGACCCAGAGUCUCACCUCCUAAUGGACUUAGCCUCGUGAAUUUGCAGUGUUGGGCAGGACAAUUUCUGGCACUUGCAAGUCCCAUGAUUUCUUCGUUAAUUUUGAGGGUGGGGGGAGGGACAUGAAACCAUCUUAGCUUAGCUUCCUGUCUGUGAAUGUCCAUAUGGUGUAUUGUGUGUUUUAACAAAUGAUUUACACUGUUGCUGUAAAAGUGAAUUUGGAAAAUAAAGUUAUUACUCUGAUUAAAUAA